UCUCUCUCUCUCUCUCCUCAGUUCUGGCGGCCAUGGCGGCGCCGCGGCUGCUGCUCCUGCGGGCCCUGAUGCUGGGCGGGCUGGGGCUGCUGGUCGGCUGGGGCGGCUCCGGAGUGGAGGGGCAGAAGAAAAAGGAGAUGGUGCUUUCCGAAAAAGUAAGCCAGUUGAUUGAAUGGACUAGCAAAAGAUCAGUUAUUCGACUGAAUGGGGACAAAUUUCGACGUUUGAUAAAGGCACCACCAAGAAAUUACUCUGUGAUAGUAAUGUUCACCGCUCUUCAGCCUCACAGACAAUGCGUUGUGUGCAAACAAGCUGAUGAGGAGUACCAGAUUCUGGCAAACUCCUGGCGAUUCUCAAGUGCAUUUACCAACAGGAUCUUUUUUGCCAUGGUGGAUUUCGAUGAAGGUGCUGAUGUAUUUCAGAUGCUCAACAUGAAUUCUGCUCCAACCUUCAUUAAUUUCCCACCAAAAGGGAAGCCAAAAAGAGGAGACACUUAUGAGCUGCAAGUGCGAGGUUUUGCCGCUGAACAGCUUGCCCGCUGGGUGGCUGAUCGAACAGAUGUGAACAUCCGAGUGAUAAGACCACCAAACUAUGCUGGACCUUUGAUGUUGGGGCUGCUGCUGGCUGUCAUUGGUGGCCUCGUCUAUUUAAGAAGAAGCAACCUAGAUUUUCUCUACAACAAGACAGGCUGGGCGUUUGCUGCUUUGUGCUUUGUUCUGGCUAUGACAUCAGGCCAGAUGUGGAAUCACAUCAGAGGGCCACCAUACGCUCAUAAGAAUCCUCACACAGGUCAAAUGAACUACAUCCAUGGGAGCAGCCAAGCACAAUUUGUUGCUGAAACACAUAUUGUUUUACUGUUUAAUGCAGGUGUCACUCUGGGGAUUGUGCUUCUUUAUGAAGCUGCUACGUCUGACUUGGAAGUGGGGAAGAGAAAAGUGAUGUGCGUGGCUGGCGUUGGCCUUGUGGUGGUGUUCUUCAGCUGGCUCCUCUCAGUAUUUAGAUCCAAAUAUCAUGGCUACCCAUACAGCUUUCUGAUGAAUUAAGAACGUGCUGUGUUGCAAUUCGCCAAAGUGGAGCCCUGGCGUCCAAGAUCCAGAUGGUGCUACCUCUCUGAAGUGAAUGAAAUCCUUGCACACCUAACCAAAGAUCCCUGGUGCCUUGGCAAGACAAAACCUUUAACGUCAGGAUGCCUAUUACAGCACGUGACUCUUUCCCAUUUACCUGAGGCCAAGGGGUCGCUUCUUGUCUUAAAAACAAGGGAGCCUUAAAAAGGCAACAGUUCCAAAAGCUUAACUCGGCGCAUCUCUUUAGGCCUUGCAUGUGUACAGGUGUUUUCCGUUCGCAGUUCUGCACGCUGCAAGAUCUUCAGAAGUGGCUCAUCUGGGUUGGCUUUUUCAGACAAGGAUGGUCCUUUAAUAGGUAAGCUCCCAUCGUGGCUGUUUUUCCAGCACCUGCAGGGAUUUUAUUUCUCAGCAAGAUUUCUUACUCUUGCAAGACCUAGGCAUGUUAUCUCUUGAUAGGGGAAGAGAGUCCAAUUUUGGUGUUUUGGUUCUGUGCAAUAGGUGAUUUGCUUUCGCCUAAAGAGUAGAAUCAACAGAUAAAACAUGAAGGGAGAAAUAACGGUUGAACCUCCUAAGCAUUUAAUAAAGUGGCCUCCUUGGCUCUUUUCUUUGAAGAGAAAUGAAUGAUGUUGCCAUGUGAGACCAUUUCCAUUUACUUGGUCUCCUGCUGCUGCUGAACUGAACUGAACUUCCUAGAAUUAUAUGCUGCCCUUCCCAUCAAACGUGGACAGUGUUGAGAUCUACAUCCCCAUGUAGAUUGAGCUCUGCAGUCAAGUUCUAUUCUUGUGCUGAUCUUUACCAAACACGGCCCCCUGCUCAGCUUUGGUAAUGGACAUUGUCUGUGGUGGGUUGGACUAAAUAUCUAGUCCUCCACUGUGUUCCCAAAAGAGAUCACUGGCGUUCUUAAAAUUAUUUUCAUAAUUGAGCAAUUGGGAGGAAGAAACCCAAAAGCAGAAUCUCCUCUUUAUCUCUUGUGUAGGUGCUAUGUAUAUAAUCCUGGCAUUUGUACCAAAAUCAAAGGAUGGCCUCAUUGGAAAAGUAGCUGAUGGGGGGAUAACCUACUUAAAUUGAAAUAUUUCUCAUUCGGAAUCAUGACUAGAUAUUAAACGUGCCACCUUGUCUAUGGUAAUGGAGACAUACUAUCCAAUGGACUUCUUUUUUACUUUCAAGACCUUUUGGAAAGGAAAGGAAAGAAUCACAAAAGAAGCUGGGUGCCAUUUGAAUAGUUCUCCCUUCUUCUCUGUGUCCUGCUUGGUUUUUGUGCUAAGGCCCAGAUUCUCCAUAGGAAGAAGACCCCAUCCUGGGUUUGGUAGCAUCGGUUUCUUUUGGGCAGGGGGUAAUAAGGGCUGUGGAAGAUCAAGAAAAAGAUAUUUCUUGAAGUAGCUACUACUCAGCUGUUCAGUUUUCUCUUACACAGGUUUCCUGUAUUCAAUUACUUUCCAAGUGCCUUAACACCAUUAUACUAUUUUUCAGUAUUUGAUUCCAACAAUGUUUGAAAAAUGCAUUUUUAUAUGAUUGAGAGCAUCUAAGUUGUAGCAUGGAUAUUGAAAUGACUAUUAUGGAUAUUUGUCAGCUUUCAAUAAAAAAUUUCUUAGCCUGAA